GCUGCUUAGACAAGAGGCGCAUGCUGAGUUUUUUUCUUCUCAUAAAGGGCGUCAUUUUUAAAAGCGUCCCAACGGCCGUUGCCCAGGCAUUGGAAACAGUUAACGCCAACAAGUAGCCACCAAUUGUUUUUACAAUACGCCUAGUGUGGACCUUUUGAUUAUCUAACAGUUAACAGUAUUGUUCAAUUUGACCGCUGUGAUUUAUUCAGAUUAUUUUCGGGAACCACGGUUUGUUCGCAAGCGUUUGCUACAGCUAAUAUUAGGUAGCUAGCAUACGGAAGUGGCUAAAUUGUAAACAAAAACGCAACGUUCUUUUCUUACCCAGCGGAUGUUUCUUGCUCUUAACACAGAACGCCUAUCAUUGUAAUUGCACAUUUGUCAUGAUGGACCUGUUGGAUUUUUCUGAAGAGGAAAUUCAGGAACAACUCUCAGCACUGGGUUUCAUCAAUUUACCUAAGCACCGAUUACAAGAAUUCAAAAAAGACCUCGAUGUGCUCAUAAGACACGAAACAUCGAAGAGUCAAUCCACAAGUGAAUGGAAUUCUCCGAACUCUCAAGAAAGCAUCAGAUCAUCUGCGUUCACGAAGGAAAAGGUUCAACUAAAUGUCGCCGCUCCACACUUUAACCAUGUCUUCACUCAAGCUGGCUCAGAAAGACCUCAAAGACCGAUACUAACAUCUACAUUCGGCGAAGGAGAACAUGGCUUUGGUAUGCAAAAGGGACGCUUUGAUUCGUACACUCAGCACACUGUGAUGUCCAAGUUCUCCCGGCCGGCCACUGCUCCCAGUAGGCAACACCCAGAGGUGGAACCAGCCCAGACGUCCAACACUUACUCAGACACCAGUCCUGACAGAGAUACUGACCCCUGGGCCCAUGGGAAACCGUGCAUCAAGAGAAAGGUCCUUAGGAAACAUAGGGGCCAGCCGCGUGUUUGUGAUGAAUCAACUCACAGUGAAGACUCAGGCGGCGUGAGCGGUCUGGAGGAAUGUCUGGACAGACUGCAGAUGUCUGGAAUGCGUCGACCCCAGGACUCUGAGUUAGAGAGCCAAGAGUUGGACAGCCUGAGUUCUGUGGGGGAACUACCCAGUGCCUUUCAGGCCUAUUUCAAAGGCAUUGUUAGAUCACGAAGUGAGAAUGACAUCCGACCUCGUCCCAAAUCGUUUAUCAGACCAUUGAUGGAUCACCCUCACACUAGGAACCUGAAGAAGACUGACCCUGUCACUAAGUAUUUCCAGUACAAGCAGGAGUGGGACACAUUCAAAGCACCUGGAGAAAGGGACCGUAGAGCACUACACUGGGCCAUCAGGGAACAACUAAUGUACCAGCCUCCUCCUCCACGGCCUCAGAAAGUACUCGUCCCUAACACAUAUGUAGUUCCAACUGACAAGAAGAGAUCUGCCCUCCGAUGGGAGAUUCGACACGAUUUGGCCAAUGGGAUCAUGCCAUCCAAAAUGGCCUACCCCUGACCAGAAAUACAAGCCAUCUUUUUUUGAAUGCCUUCAUUUUUAAUCUGCUAACAGUGUCGAUGUAUUGUUUUAAUUUAUUUGUGACUCAUUUUGAGUGUUUGAAAUGAGCCACUUGAAUCACGGAUUUUAUUAAAUAAACAUUUUUAUUGAACUGAAAUCUUGGU